GGUGAAGGGUAGAGGGCGGGGCAGGGCAAGGGGGGAAGGCAGCGGAGGGUAUAUAUGAGGGUGCUGCAGCAGGGGUCAGCACCACUUGAGGAGUUCCACGUUUGAAGUCAACAUGUCGAAGGCUGUGUUCGCCGUGCUUUGCCUGUGUGUGUUGGUGGCCGCAGCUAUGGCUAAUCCCAUGCCUGACCCAAGCCAUACCGGCUACGGGAGCUAUGGCGGCCAGUCCUACGGCGGGGGCCGUCCCGGAGGCAGUUACGGAGGCUAUGGCAGCGGUUAUGGCAGUCAUGGCAGCGGUUAUGGAAGUCAAGGCAGCGGUUAUGGCAGCGGUUAUGGAAGUCAAGGCAGCGGUUAUGGCAGCGGUUAUGGAAGUCAAGGCAGCGGGUACGGCAGCGGUUAUGGCAGCGGUUAUGGAAGUCAAGGCAGCGGGUACGGCAGCGGUUAUGGCAGCGGUUAUGGAAGUCAAGGCAGCGGGUACGGCAGCGGGUACGGCAGCGGUUAUGGGAGUCAAGGCAGCGGGUACGGCAGCGGUUAUGGGAGUCAAGGCAGCGGGUACGGCAGCGGUUACGCGAGUCAAGGUAGCGGUUACGGCAGCGGUUACGCGAGUCAAGGUAGCGGUUACGGCAGCGGUUACGCGAGUCAAGGUAGCGGUUACGGCAGCGGUUACGCGAGUCAAGGUAGCGGUUACGGCAGCGGUUACGCGAGUCAAGGUAGCGGUUACGGCAGCGGUUACGCGAGUCAAGGUAGCGGUUACGGCAGCGGUUACGCGAGUCAAGGCAGCGGUUACGGCAGCGGUUAUGGGAGUCAAGGCAGCGGUUACGGCAGCGGUUAUGGGAGUCAUGGCGGCAGCGGCUACGGAAGCUAUGGCGGUUAUAGAGGAAGUGGCGGGUCCGGUGGUUAUGGCCGUGGAUAUUACGGGUACUGAGGUUUAAGUGUACACAAACCGGAUUAAAGAGAAUAUGUAUAUAAUACGCUAAUAAAUCUUGUAAACUA